CAGCGCCUCGGCCUACCCCAGCAGCUCCGUUGCUCCCUCCAACCCGGGCUACGGCGCGCCGACCAGCACCUCGUCUGCUGCCCCCACCGGCUCUGCCUACCCCUCGUGCUGGAGCGCCUGCUUCGCCAAGGCCGGCAUCCAGUCCGAGCAGUCCCUCUGCGGCAACACCGAGGUCGACGCCUGCAUCCAGGAGACCUGCUCCUCUGCUGAGGACGAGGCCUACUGGAGCUGGUACGACAAUUACUGCCCGGCCGUGGCCACCACCACCCCGACCAGCACCGCGCCCGUCAUCCCCACCCAGACCGUCGACACCUGCUGGGCUGCCUGCUUCGCGCAGUACGACGUCUCCUCCGAGCAAGCCCUGUGCGGCAACACCGAGGUCGACCAGUGCAUCCAGGAGAACUGCACUCCUCAGGAGGAUGAGGCCUACUGGAGCUGGUACGACAGCUACUGCACCACCACCGUCACCACCGUCCAGACCACCUCCACCUCCACCGGCUACCUCUCGUGGACCACCCCUGCCUCCGCCACCACCACCCCGACUGGCGCCUGGUCCAGCCCGACCGGUGCGUGGACCAACCCGGCCUCCUACACCACCCCCUCCGGCACCGGCUCGUGGAGCACCCCGACUCCCUCCACCACCGGCGGCUGGGUUCCCCCCACCGGCGCUGGCGAGGCUGCCAAGCCUGCUUUCGGCCUCUUCGCCGGUCUCCUCGCGCUCGUCGCCCUCUUCUAAAUGGCAAAUCCCCGGUGGCCCUGUCGGUGAUGUCCACACCACCGCAGGCCUGGCUCUCUUUCUUCCCACGGCUGUCUUUUCUUCCUACGCUCUGCGGACGCUGGGAUCCAUGCACGUUGGUUUCUAUCCGUACAUAGUCCGCGCUUUGUAGUGAAGUUUUGGAUAUAAUUCAUAAUGGUAUUACGCAUACUCCAAAA